UUCCCGCCAUUUGUCUGCCUUCCCAGAACAGCUGCUGAGGUUGGAGGAGGAGGAGGAGGAGGAUGGGAUUUUGGCCUGGAUUUGACCUCAGCCUCCCUCUUGGAAGGCUGCUUUGGAUAUGAACUUUAUGGUUCCACACUGGUCUACCUCCAGAGGGGCUUUGUAAUCCCAUAAGCAGGCCAGCAACGGACUUUCCUCCCAUCCCAGCCAUGCAGGACGACACUCUCCCAUCUUCAGUGUUGCAAGCUUGUUCUCAUCCAGGAAUUUCUCCAGUGUGUGGUCAAAGGCUUUCAUGGCCGGAAUCGCUUUCUCCAGACCUUUGCCCGAGAAAAGAUCUGACAGGAGAGACAACGCUUCCUUUUCUCAUGGCAGAAUUUGCCCAGGGGCACGGCUCCGCGAUGAAGAAGCAAGGAAUAAGACACGGUUACCCGACAGUUCAGGCUUGGAGCAAAGGAACCUUCUGGGAAAGAGGAAGCAUGCCGAAGGGGACGGCGAAGGAUGCACUUAGUUCGGAGGCAUGGCGCCAGUACUUUCGACAGUUCUGCUACAAAGACACUGAGACGCCCCGGGAAAUAUGCGACCGACUCCACUCUCUCUGCCGCCAGUGGCUGAAGCCAGAGAAACACACCAAGGCCCAAAUCCUGGACCUGGUGGUGCUGGAGCAGUUCCUGGCUGUCCUUCCCUUGGAGAUGAAGGACUGGGUGAGAGAAUGUGGGGCGGAGACCUGUUCCCAGGCGGUUGCCUUGGCAGAAGGGUUCCUCCUGAGUCGGGCACAAGAGGAGAAGCAGCAGGAUCAGCAGGAAGUCUUCAUGGGAGAGUCUGCUGAUUUCCCUGAUGUGGAGCAGGGUCCUUUCGACUCCGGAGAGAGAAGGCAGUACAGGUGGAUUGCACAGAAACAGGAUGUAGACGCCGUCACCUCGAGCUCCAAUUUGGAUAAGGUGAACUUUGAAGCCGUGGCCGUGUCUUUCAGUGAGGAGGAGUGGACCCUGCUGGAUCCAGACCAAAGGGCCCUCCACAGGGAAGUCAUGGAGGAGAAUCUGUGGAUCGUGGCCUCUCUGGGUAAUUGGCAAGGGAAGGAGACCAAUGAAGAACCAAGUAUGUCUUCAUUGCAGAAAGUGGACUUUCCAUUGAAAGAAGAGAAGGAAACAGAAACUGCCAUUCAGGAAACAUGGAGGAACACAACUUAUGCUUCUGAGUUUGAAGACAUCUGGGGAAUCUCAUUCCAAGAACUCUUAGAAAAAGGAAAUGGAAGAAAUGAAUGCCUUUCCCCUUGUUAUGGGAGGAGCCUUGAUUUUAAAGACAGUCUUCACUUUACGAUGGGCCUUCAUACAGAAAGGAAGCCAAAAUGUGUGUUUUUAGUGUGCGGAAAGAACUUUGGGUGGAGUUCCCAGUUUAUGCCGUAUCAACAGUCCCUCAUGAGGGACGAUCCAUUUAAAAAUUUGGAGUGGGUCAAAAGUUUGAGUCCCAGCAGGCAGUUCCUCCAUCCUCACGCUGCGGAGAAGCCAUUCCAGUGCUUGGAGUGCGGGAGCAGAUUCAGUCGGAAGUCGAACCUCACGGCGCACCAGUUAGUUCACACCGAGGGGAAACCGUUCCAGUGCCUGGAGUGCGGGAAGCACUUCCGGUGGAAGCAGAAGCUCACUCAGCACCAAGUCAUUCACACAGGGGAGAAGCCGUUCCAUUGCCUGGAGUGCGGCAAAAGCUUCAGCCGGAAAUCAACCCUGAUUUCGCAUCGGUUAAUUCACACCGGGGAGAAACCGUUUCAGUGCUUGGAAUGCGGAAAGAACUUCAGGUGGAAGCAGAAGUUCACCCAGCAUCAGUUAAUCCACACAGGGGUGAAACCGUUCCAUUGCUCGGAGUGUGGAAAGGGUUUCAGUCGCAAGUCGAACCUCAUUUCGCACCAGCUGCUUCACACCGGGGAGAAGCCAUUUAAAUGCUUGGAGUGCGGGGCAGAAUUUAGAUGGAAGAUGGAGCUCACUCAGCAUCAGUUGACUCAUGGCGGGGAGAAGCUGUUUCAGUGCUUGCAGUGCGCUAAAAGCUUUUGCCGGAGGUCAAGCCUAGUUUCCCACCAGUUCAUCCACACCGGGGAGAAACCGUUCCAGUGCCCGGAGUGUGGGAAGAGCUUCAGGUGGAAGCAAAAGCUCACUCAGCAUCAGUUGACUCACACGGGGGAGAAACCAUUUCGUUGCACCGAGUGUGGGAAGAAUUUCAAUCGCAAAUCAAACCUCAUGUCGCACCAGCUCCUUCACACAGGAGAGAAACCGUUUCGAUGCUCGGAGUGCGGGAAGAGCUUCAGGUGGAAGACGGAGCUCGCUCAGCAUCAAGCGAUCCACACCGGGGAGAAACCGUUUCGGUGCACGGAGUGCGGCAAAAGCUUCAGUCGGAAGUCGAGCCUCAUCUCGCACCAGUUGAUUCACACCGGGGAGAAGCCGUUUCAAUGCCAGGAGUGUGGGAAGAGCUUCAGGUGGAAGCAAAAGCUCACCCAGCAUCAGUUGAUUCACACCGGAGAGAAGCCGUAUCGGUGCAUGGAGUGCGGAAGGGGCUUCACUCACAAAAUAAGUCUCACUCGUCAUCAAGGGACUCAUGCGUUUCCAUGCUGCCGGGAGUGUGGGAAGAGCGUCCCUCGAAAGACAAGCCUCGCUUCCUAUCAAGGAACUCCGACAGCGGAGAAUUCUUCACUGUGUGUGGAUUGUACAGAGAGUUUGUGUCAGAAACCACAUGUUAAAUUGGAAGAAAAUUCUCCCUUUGACAUUAGGCAACUCACAUAGCAAACAAAAUAAAUUGUAAAUUGUUUGAG